GUGGAGCCGAAGGCAGCGAAGCUCACCAGCCCUUUACGGAACGAGUUUGCUCCCCCGGAGCUUCGCCCACUCUCUCUGCGCGGGGACACGGGACGAAAAGGGCUGCUGGGGUCACCAGCGGCGAGGAGGGCAAAGCUCGGGGAGGACCCGGGCCUCCGCAGGGCACAGGCCGGGUCCACGCCCCGCGCGCCGGCGACGCAGCGGGACCCAGGCGGCGGCGCGGGGGUCAAGGCGCCGCCGGGGCUUUUUCCAGGGGAGGGGGUGGGGAUGCUGAGUCACGGAUCUGUCACUGCUUCUCACCUCUCUCCAGCUCUCGGGGGCUAAAGCAAAAGCGAAAGCAAAUGCGGCUCGCGGGGCGGCGGGUCCCAGAGUUGCGCCCGCCGCCUCCUCCGGGGAGUCGGCAUCUGCGCGCGCUGGCGGCGGGACGUCCCGGCCCGGGCGAGCCCGGGAGGCGGCCGGCGGGGGCGCAGCCAAGGUCGGGCCAUGGCCGGGCCGCUCCGGGGCUGCGGGGCCGGCGCGCUCCCCGUGCCGCUGCCGCUGCUACUGCUGCUGCUGCUGCUGCCCGGUCGCCGGCGACACCAGGUUUUCCUCCCGGAGCCAGACAAGAGGGAGGAGAGAGAAGAGGCGUCACGUGCCCGCCUCCCACGUCUGUGGAGCAUGCAGACAUCCGGGUCAAGAGCUACACCCUCAACUCCAGGGAGCGGUAUGUUUGCAACGCUGGGUUCAAGCGGAAAGCGGGGACAUCCAGCCUGACGGAGUGCGUGUUCAACGAGACCAUGAACGUGGCCCACUGGACCACUCCCAACCUCAAGUGCAUCAGAGACCCCUCCCUGACUCGCCAAAGGCCAGCCUCCACGGCAUCCCCGGCAUCCCCGGCAUCCCCGGCAGGGGUGGCCCCAGAGCCGGAGAGCCCCACCCCUUCUGGAAAAGAGCCAGCUUUGACUUCCAAGUCAGACCCCACAGUGUCUGCUCCUGGACCAGGCUCCAGGCUGAUGCCGUCAAAACCUCCUCCCACAGGAACCACAGGCGUAGUCAGUAACGUGCCCCCCCAAGCCCCGUCUCAGACAACAGCCAUGGCCCCGGAACACGCUGGUGCACGACUCAGUCCCAGAGCAGUGGUGGCCGUGGCCGUCUCCACACCGUGCGCCCUGCUUCUCUGUGGAGCGUGUGUGCUCCUCCUUGUGGUACAUUUUAGAAGGUCAAGGCCAACUUCCCAGACACCUGGUAUGGCGAUGGAAAGCAUGGAAGUCGUGCCAAUGACCGGGGGCAGCGAUGCCACUGGUGGGGGCACGGAAAGCUAACCCCACCCCUGGAGGAAGCUCCAGGGACGCCGAGGCCAGUAAGGGCCGCAGGGAAGGCCCAGCUCUGCUCCAGCCCAAGAGGACUUCGAAGCCUGGGGAGCUGGCCCCGGAGAAACGCCCGCCAGGGUGAGAAAACGUCCUGGUGUCGUUUUACCAUCUGUACCAGCCCAGGCACCACCUGCGCCAGCAGGUUCUCCAGGCUUGAGAGGGAUGCUGCUGCCAGCCCUGCCAGCCCACCCCUGGGCAGGGAGCCCAGUGCCCGGAGUCCUGCGGUGGGUGGCCGCCUUCCAGGGGUGGGGAGCGGGGGGGAGUGGAGGCCUCGGGUCUUCUGUCGGGGCAUCUAUUCAUCGUGGCACUGAUUCCGCGAGGCUCACCUGCUCCACCCUGCCACCCCUCGUCCUGACCUACGUUUACAGAGAGGCUCUGGGGAAUCCCGAGGCUCCCCCUGCUUGGGAGACGUUUACAAGGGCGACGCCAGCACCAGCUCCUAAAGCCUCUCCCUGCAGCGGGUGCUCUACACGCACAGAAAGGGGGCAUAUAGUGUGCCCUGUGCAUCCUCAUAAGGACUCCGAAAGAAGACGACAGAACUCAGGGGCCCUCUCUCUGUACGUACGUCUGUAUUUAUAUCCUUCUUUUACGUCUAUGUAUUUUACGAUUUCUAUUUUGAAAUUGUGCCUUGUAUAAACAAAAUAAAAGGUCUAUUUUCAAUACAUAAAA